GGAAGGUUUGAGGGCGCGCGCGUGCGCUCGCUCGCUCGCUCGCGCGCGGACGCAUCACCGCCCGCUGCUCCGCCCAACUUAAGGAACUAUUUUAUUUUUAGGUUCUAAAACACCUCGGGCAGUCGCGGCAAAGUUUCGCGGCGGUUUCGCGCGGCUUCCCGUCGAUAAUUGUCAGAUUUUAAACGAACAAACGAACAAACAAAAACACCCCCCGCCGCAAAUAUUCCGUGGCCGGCUACGUUCCCGCAUCGACGUUCGCCUCGCGUUAAAUUUUCUCUUUUUUAUUAAAAAAAAAUAUUCGCGGAUUUAUUUUAAUCACCACCGUAGUCGCUCCCCAUACCCGUUACGGCCCAGUGAACCCUGCGGGGAAAGCCUGCGCCUAGCCCCCCUGGAAAACUAGGCGAGGCCGCUAUCUUCCUUCGGGGUGGGGGUCCCGUCAUUAAAAAAAAAACAUUAAGUUAACAAGACGAACGGGGGAUAUGGCGCUGCUGGCGAAAGAACUGAACGUGCAGAGGACCAAGGCAGACCCAGAGGAGUUGUUUACCAAGCAGGAGAGGAUUGGCAAGGGGUCGUUUGGGAAGGUGUUCAAGGGCAUCAACAAUCACACCAAGGAGGUGGUGGCCAUCAAGAUGAUCGACCUGGAGGCGGCUGAGGAUGAGAUUGAGGACAUCCAGCAGGAGAUCACGGUGCUGAGUCAGUGCGACUCUCCCUUCGUCACGCGCUACCAUGGCUCCUACCUCAAGGACAGCAAGCUGUGGAUCAUCAUGGAGUACUUGGGCGGUGGCUCUGCCCUUGACCUGCUGCAGGCCGGCCCGCUGGAGGAGUACCAUAUCGCCACGAUCCUUCGCGAGAUACUCAAGGGGCUGGAGUACCUUCACUCGGAGAGGAAGAUUCACAGAGACAUCAAAGCUGCCAACGUGCUGCUGUCGGAGCAGGGCGACGUGAAGCUGGCCGACUUUGGCGUGGCGGGCCAGCUGACGGAGACGCAGGCCAAGCACACGUUCGUGGGCACGCCAUUCUGGAUGGCCCCCGAGGUCAUCAAGCAGGCCGCCUACGACGCUAAGGCGGACAUCUGGUCUCUGGGCAUCACGGCGAUGGAGCUGGCACAGGGGGAGCCCCCGCACGCCGACCAGCACCCCAUGAAGGUGCUCUUCGUGAUCCCCACGUGCGAGCCGCCCAGCCUGCAGGGCGGCUACAGCCGCGUGUUCAAGGACUUCACACAGAGCUGCCUCAACAAGGACCCGCAAUACCGGCCGUCUGCUAAGGAGCUCCUGCGUCACCGCUUCCUGGCACAGAAAGCCAAGCGCACGUCAUGCCUCACGGAGCUCAUCGACCGCUACCGCCGCUGGAGACUCGAAAAGCCUGAGGACAGCUCAGACUCCGAGGAUGAUGAGGAGCAGGCCGACGGCUGUGAGGCCGACAAGGCGGAGCCUCCGCACUGGGAUGACACGGACGGCAGCGGCGUCGAGAAGAUCCUGCCGGCGGAAGACGCGCAGCCUGAAGAAAAACCGGUGGUACGGCAACCAAAGUCUGAGAGUUUGUACAGCCUGCUCACCCCGCUAUUCACACAGCUGAGAGACCGGAGGGCACGCACGGGCGAGGCUGUGGGAGCGCUGGAGGAGCUCCUCGUGGCGUUCUCCCUCGCCGAGGAGACGUCCCCGGGGAUCGCCGACCGCCUCGUGUCGGCCAUCGUGUCCCGCGUUCACAGUUUUUCUACCAGCGAGCUCCCCCAGGUGACCUCUGCCAACUGAAGGUCACCACGGUCAAGAGGUCGCGACCUGCUGCCCUUCCCUCGUCGCUCCAUCACCGUCAUCCACCACCCUCGUCGCCUCUUCACCCCUCGUGUACCACCGCCAUGUACCCCGUGGUGAUGGGGACGUACCCACCCCCGUGUACCCCCACUGUGUCUACCCCCGUGUGUGUCCCCUUGGUGAUGGUGACGUACCCACCCCCCGUGUACCCCCGCUGUGUCUACCCCCGUGUGUCUACCCCGUGGUGAUGGUGACGUACCCACCCCCCGUGUACCCCCACUGUGUCUACCCCCGUGUGUCUACCCCGUGGUGAUGGUGACGUACCCACCCCCCGUGUACCCCCACUGUGUCUACCCCCGUGUGUCUACCCCGUGGUGAUGGUGACGUACCCACCCCCCGUGUACCCCCACUGUGUCUACCCCCGUGUGUCUACCCCGUGGUGAUGGUGACGUACCCACCCUCCGUGUACCCCCGCUGUGUCUACCCCCGUGUGUGUCCCCUUGGUGAUGGUGACGUACCCACCCCCGUGUACCCCCGCUGUGUCUACCCCCGUGUGUGUCCCCGUGGUGAUGGUGACGUACCCACCCCCCGUGUACCCCCGCUGUAUCUACCCCCGUGUGUCUACCCCGUGGUGAUGGUUCACGCUGAGAGACGGAGAGAGAGAGGAACAUGUGGGGUAUGUCGGGUAGAAACAUCAUCAUCACGUGACAGAGACACCAUCGUCAUCAUCAUCACGUGGUAGAGACAUCAUCACGUGACAGAGACGUCAUCAU